GGUGCUGAUGAAGGCUGGUUGUCAUCAUCUUCUUCAGUUUCAGUAUCGAGCUCCUUCACGCAGCAUCUCCGCUCCGCUUCCUCCGGUCUCCACCCUCCUCUUCCUCUCCCUCCGCGGUUCCGCUGCAGGUGGAUGGAGGCUGGCAGCCCCGGAGGCGCGCACCAUGCUCGGACUCGGCCGCUGGCGCACCGCUGAGGACCUCCCCGCCACCCGGAGACCUGCUCCCGGAUUGACCCGCGGCUGAACACCGGGUGUCUGGUCCGGAUCAUGGCAUGCUGCCCUCAUCGGCCCUCCAGCACUGACCAUGGGGCUCCGGUCCAGGACUAGCGGCUCCGAAGAGCAGAAGAAGACCUCCGGUGCUCCUCUUCCUCCUUCCGGGGACUUACUGGACCAAAGCGGCGGCGGAGGAGCGGACAAAGAUGGGGCCCUGCUGCUUAUGGGCCGGGAGGACUUCAAGCGGGGCGCUCAGGGCAUCACCAUCGGGCUGCUGGCCAAAACCCCCCUGAGCUACACCCGGCCGGCCAAGAGGAAUAACAUCCGCAAGAGGAAGAUCCAGAACCUGAUCUACGACACGCUGGAGAGGCCGAGAGGAUGGGCCCUGCUCUACCACGCGUUCGUGUUUCUGAUCGUUCUGGGAUGUUUGAUUCUGGCCAUACUGACCACAUUCAGGGAACAUGAGAAGGAUUCUGCACACUGGCUGGUCAUACUGGAAACGUUUGCCAUCUUCAUAUUCGGAGCAGAGUUUGCACUGAGGGUCUGGGCUGCCGGUUGCUGCUGUCGCUACAAAGGAUGGAGGGGGAGACUGAAGUUUGCCCGCAAACCGCUGUGCAUUCUGGACAUCUUCGUGCUGAUUGCCUCGGUGCCGGUGGUGGCGGUGCGUAACCAGGGCAACGUGUUGGCCACGUCGCUGCGCAGCCUGCGCUUCCUGCAGAUCCUGCGCAUGCUGCGCAUGGACCGGAGAGGCGGCACCUGGAAACUCCUGGGCUCUGCCAUCUACGCUCACAGUAAGGAGCUGAUCACGGCCUGGUACAUCGGCUUCCUGUCUCUGAUCCUGGCGUCCUUCCUGGUCUACCUGGUGGAGAAGGACGACGGCUCGGUCAACGUGUCUGACCAGGAGGACCCGACGGCGCAGACCCAGCAGCAGGACUUCGACACGUACGCCGACGCGCUGUGGUGGGGGCUGAUCACGCUGACCACCAUCGGUUACGGAGACAAAACCCCGAAGACCUGGGCUGGGAGACUGUUAGCCGGCACGUUCGCUCUGAUCGGAGUUUCCUUCUUCGCUUUGCCUGCUGGGAUUCUGGGUUCUGGUUUGGCUCUGAAGGUCCAGGAGCAGCACAGACAGAAGCACUUUGAGAAGCGCCGCCACCCGGCAGCCGGACUCAUCCAGUCGGCCUGGCGGUAUUACUCCACCAAUCCAAUCAGGGAAGAUCUUAUUGCCACGUGGAGAUUUUAUGAAACCAUCAUCUCUCUUCCCUGCUUCAGGAAGGACACGUUGGAGGCCAUGGUGAGUCAGAAAGUGAGUUUGCUGGAACGCGUUCGCAAUUCCAACACGAGGCCGUCAUUGGGGAUGGUCAGGAAACCCACGCUUAACGCCGAAUCCAUCGAGGAGAGUCCCUCCAAGGAGCCCAAACCUGCCGGCUUCAGUAACCGCGAACGCUUCCGGACCGCCUUCCGGAUGAAAGCCUACACGCUGCGCCAGAGCGCUGAAGAUGCUGGAGGCCUUGCAGACCCGGUCUUAGAGGACCGGGGCUUCCCGCCAGAGAUCCUCCUGGAGGAGAUGAUCCCGACGCUGAAACUGGUCAUCAGGGCAGUCAGGAUCAUGCAAUUUCUCUUGAACAAGAAGAGGUUUAAGGAAACUCUGAGGCCUUACGAUGUCAAAGAUGUGAUUGAGCAGUACUCUGCUGGACAUCUGGACAUGCUCUGCAGAAUUAAAUACCUCCAGACCAGGAUCGACAUGAUUCUUGCCCCUGGACCUCCCCUCACCCCAAAAAGCAAGAAGCCCCAGAAAACACCCUUUAACUACCCAUCCAGUCAGUCACCCAGGCAUGAGUCCUACUUAGCCAAAGCCACGUCCAUGCCAGACACUGAAGACCAAAGCAUGAUGGGUAGAUUUGUCAGGGUGGAGAGGCAGGUGGAGGACAUGGAGAAGAAGCUGGACUUCCUGGUGGACAUGCACAUCCAGCACACCGAGCACCUGCAGGUGGACUCGGCCGGCGACGCUCGGAUGACCCUGGAGGCCUGCGACCAGACGGCGAACGGUGAGAUCCGCCGGGUUUUCCUCAACUACUCCGAGGUGUUCCCUCAGAUGUCAUACCAGGUGCCUGUCAGCAAAGCGAAUUCGACCUGCAGCAGAGGGCGAGGCGGCAGGCAGGGGGUCGGGUUGGCAUGCGGCGCGGCGCCACCCGCCAUCCCCACGUAUACGGAGCGGCCGACCGUGUUGCCCAUCAGCUCCCUGCAGGACUUGUCGGCGGGGCGGGGCAGGACCACAGGGGGCCGGGGCGGCGACUCGCCGCUCUCGCUCCUGUCGGUGAACCACGAGGAGCUGGAGCGCUCGCCCAGCGGGUUCAGCAUUUCCGGGGAGCGGGAGGGCGAGGCGGGGUUGGACCUGCCGAUGGGGGCGGCGGUGGCGGCCGGGGAGGCCAGCUGGACGAGAACCAGGCCGAGCUACUUGGCCGAGGGCGAGACGGACACGGACACGGACCCCUUCACGCCCAGCGGGGGCGCCCUGCCCCUCUCCUCCACCGGCGAGGGGUUCGGGGACGCAGAGUGGAACACGCCGCCCUGAAACACGACGUCGCCUCGACUCUGAGACCUUAAAUCCAACCCAUGCCUGUAAAACCCAGAACGCUGGGUCAAAGCCACACUUUUGGGCCGAAUCUUUGGGAGGAAGGUGCGUCUAACCCGCCUUGUUGCUGCGCGUUCUGAACGACUGGCCGUCGACCUGCGGAGACCAGGCAACGAGUCCGCCCCAACAGCAAAACAAAAAAAGGAAAGCAGACCGUUUGUAAAGAAAAAACUCUGUACAGCGCACUCUUCACGAAAAUUUAGCUAAAAAAAGAACAUUAUACAAAAUAUGUACACCCAAAAGCUUUACUGCUGCAAAGCCAACCGCACUGCAUGUGACGCAUGCGACUUUUAGUGUAGACACUGCAAAUUUUAGGAUAUAUCAGGAAAAAGAACAGAGAUUGAAUGGAAACUUAUACCUGCUAUGCCAUUUUGUAACACUUAUUUUUUAUAUGAAGACAUCCUUGUUUCUGCAUGGUUUGCAUGAUGCUGCACCAUUCCUGGGGUGACCAUUAGAGGGCGACACUGGAACCAAAAGUCUCCUGUCUGUUCUUGUUCCUCACCGACCGUCUGUCUCGUCGUUUGAUCCAACCUUCUUACAUUUAUGUUGUUUUGUUUUUGCUGGAGGUCAUCUCAGAUUUACAAACUUACAGUCAGAAAAUAUUCGAAACACUAAAUUUCUGAUGCUUUGCUGGCACAUGAAUUCAGGGAUAUGAACCGUCUCUCAUUUCAUAAAACAUUCAACAUAAUGUUGGCCAACAUGUGUAAUACAUAUAAACAUACUGCUAAGUAUUUACACACCUUUGCUUUUUCCAUGUUUCCUCAGAUUUAGUGUGGUAUUCUUAAAAAUAAAAGUCUCCAUAAUGACAAAGUGAAAACACUUUAUUAAACUAUUUUGUAAAGUUGAAGUAAAUGUAAAGGUUUAACCGUAACAGGUUUAUACAUUUUCACUACUGAUUCUUUAAAGCACUGGCGAUAAAUUCAGCUCCAUGGAUGACGGCGGUUUGACUCCAUUAAAUUUUUUAAUUUAGUUAAUUACAGGGUCUGUAAUUAAUUCAUUGUUUAAUUUAAAGCUGUAUAUUGACAGAAUAAGCAACAAAUUCUCUUGAAAACCCAUUUUUGCUGCUAAAUUAUUUAAUAAAUAGAAAUAAGAGCAACAACUAAGAUCUUUAUAGUUUUUAAUCUGUUAUUUAGUUUAUUAAACCAUCAGAUUGGAGCAAAAUAUUAUUCCAUCCAGGAAGUCCUGGACUGUGGAUGCUAGCAUUAGCAUUAGCUGCUACAUGUUUAGCAUUGAGAUGCUAUUUUAGGCUAGCAUAGCCUCCCUGAUAGGCUAACUCCUUUUAGCACAACUUGAACACAACAAUGGUCUUUUCCAGCAUCCAAUCAGGUCGUUUAUACAGAAGUUAACCCCAGAGAGACGCGGCUUCGUCGUCCAUCGCUGCUGUUAGCGGAUGUAGCUGGAGCGUCAGAUUCACAGGACAGACCAGAAACAUGCAAACCUUUGUUUGGACAAACAAAUGAGGUAAAAUAAAAAAAGUGUGACAAGUUUCACAGUGCAGAACAGAGCAGAAAGUCAUGAAGGUGAAGUGGCUGGAUAUAAACUUAUAACCUGUAGAAAAGCUCUAAGAACCACCAGGUUCCUGCUGGGCCUCGAAACACGUAGAGAAAAAACAGGAAAAUCUGAGGCUGCAGCGAAUUCAGAGGCCGUGAAUACUUAUGAAUCCUAUCUUAAGAAACUUUGGGCAGUAAAAAAAACAUUUAAACAUCUUUAUAAAAGCUGUUUUAACCUUUAAAUUAUCCGGCUGUGUGCAGAUCUUAGAUUUCAGUCUUUAUAUUUCUGACAUAAAAUUUUAAAGGAUUAGAAAACUUCAUAAUGUGAAAAUAAAUUUGAAAUAAAAAAAUAACUCACACACAGAACCUGCAUUUCCAACUUUAAUGUAGCAUUUUCAAAUUUCUCAGCUGAGAUUUAUUCAAAACUUUCCCUAAAACGACCCCAAACAGAGAAAUAUAAUUAAUUCUAAUUUAUUUUGAAUUGCCUGAAUAAUUUAUUAUUCUCAGUUUCUGCUUGAUUUAUAGGAAACGUUGCUCCAUAAACCUAUUUCUGAAAUGUAAACAGCUUUAAAAAGUUAAAUCUGAAGGUUUUUAAAAGUUUUCUACAUUCGUCCAUGUUAAUGUUGCCGUUUUGAACUCUGAGGUUUUUCUUGCUAAAGACAAAAAUAUAAAUUUUAGAACAUUUUGACUAAAGUUUACUGGGAUUUUAUGAUGAACCAACACAAAGUAGUGCAUAAUUGUGAAGAGGAAGGAAAGCAAUGCUUCGCUUUCAAUUUUCUAUAAUAAAUAAUCAAGUCAAUAAAUUGUAAAAGUGGAAUAAAUCCUCCUGUAAUCGCUGCCUGAAGUGGAACAAUAAAGUUGUAAUUUUGCUGCGAUUAGCUGGUGCAUGUUUUAAAAUUUAAUUAUCUUAACUAUUUUUGCUAUCAAUGAAAAUAAUGUACUUAUUCAGAAAGUAAUUAAAUCUGCUGCUUAAUCUUUUUUAUAUAUUUUGAAAAGUUAAACAAUAAAGUUAUUAUAUGAUAAAAUAAAUGGAUAUUUAGCUUUGUUAUGGAGCUGCUUGAAUUGCUCUAAAAUGGUUCACAAUUAUUUAAAUAUACUAGGCCUUAAUAAAUGUAGUGUAGGAAAUGUUAUGUAUUCUACUUUGCAAUAAGACAUUUCUAUAUACUUAAAGUUUGCUAAUUGUAAUUAAAUCUGGUUCUAUUUGUAAUUUUGAAAUCUGGAUGUUAUGAACAAUAUUUUGAGGCCUGAACUGAUUUUACUACUUUAUCUGUAGAAUCACAGAUUGUGAUGUAAAACCUGACUAAACUUUAUCUGAAGACUUGAAUUAUCACCAAGCCUCUGCUCUGCUUUUAUGACUUCUACUAUAAACUCUAUUUAACAAUCUUACGGUUUUAUAUUUUUGAAGCGCUGUAGAUCUGCUGUAUAUUUUAAAAAGAAAAUGUAGAUUUAUUAGGGAAAAGCAAAACUCCUUGGAGGUGAAUUCAAACUGUUUUUAAGAACAUGUUUCCUCAGUUCAUUCAGCAGUCAAGUAUUUUAUAACUUAUAGGGAAUAGUUUUAAUUUAAUGGGGUUAUAUGGAGUAGCUAUAAGUAGUCAGUUUUUUACCUACUAGAUUGGACUCGGUGUGAUCUCAGUGACUCGUUAAGGACAUUAGUUAGUGUGAAGGUAGUGAAUAUAACUAAUAGUUGCUGUCACACUAACAGAAAAGCCAACUCUCAAACUAACUUUCAAGAUAAUAAAUGAGCUAAUUGUAAAGCUAACAGUUGAGCUAACACUCUUCACCAUGGGCCAUUUGUUGGUCAGAAAACCUUUAUGAUUUGCUUGUUGUGCUCAGGGACCAGACUCACUGCUACUUGCAAUACAAGCUAAUGUCAUUGCAUUUUAUGCAGUUAUAGACUAAACAAUAUGCUGACAAACAUAUUUUAUUCAGCAGGAUAUGUGACUGAUUUUAAUAAAAAAUAUGAAAACUUUGCUAAGUUUGCCUGUUGCACCAAAACCUCCGACUUCACAGUUCAGACUGAAUUUGGAUUUCUCAUUCAUUUUAAACUUGGAUUCAGAUUUUUACUUCUGAGUACAAAUAAAAUUCACAGUAACUGUCAAACAGAGCAGCUUUAAGUCAGGCUAAUGGUUCUGAAGCUACAGGCAAGAUCACCCUCAGCUAGCAGUGGUGCUAAGUGCUGAGCUAACAGUUGAUGUAGAGCUUUAUAAAUGUUUUGUAAAAUCCUGCAUUUGAAGGUUCUUGCAGUUUGUGCUUGAUACAUCAGGCCAGAACUCUAAUGUAUUCUGCUAUAUACAAACACUGUAACGAGUAGCGACUCGUUAGGAAUUAACAAACGUUCUGCAAUUAAGUUCUUAUGAAGUCUGAGAACAAGUACGGUUCAUUCCAGCUUGAAUAACAACAAAUUUCACUGUUCCUGUUCAAUUUAAUAAAGAAGCAGCUUGGUUGUGCUAACCGACAUGUUAACUUUCAAAUGUUGAUACUUGAUGUCAAGCUAGUCGCGUCAGACUAAAUCUUGAGCUAACUGUCAAGCUAACCAGCAAGAUGACUGACAAAUUAACAGUUGAGCUAACUCUUAGGCUAACAGUGAAUCUGUCAUGCAAACAGUUGAUUUAGUUAUCAAGCUCACAGUCUAAUUGUAAAAGCUAACUGUUUAUCUGUUAUACUAACUUCCUGUCAAGCUAAUUGUCAUGCUAACACUCAAUCUUAUUGUCAUAGUCUAUUUACCAUGCUAACUGUUAACCUAACUAUGCUUAACAGUUAGCAUGAGGUAACUGUAACAGUCUGACUUAGGCUAACUGUUGUGCUAAUAAAUAGCAUGUCAUGCUAACAGGGAAUUAGCAGGGCAGAGUUUAAUGUCUAAUGUUUAACUACUGAUCUCGGUGUUGAGCUAUAAGCAAGACAACUAUAAAGCUAAUGGAAAAUUCACAGCUGUCAAGCUAGCAGUUGAGCUAACAGACAUGCGGUCAGAUUGACUGUCUGCCAACUUUAUUUCCAAGUUCCAAGUCCAAGCUAUGAAACAAACAGAUAACAUUUAACUUUACAGUUAUGUUCUGCUAAUUUUGAAACUAUGCUAAAUGUUGUAGCAUAAAUCUGAAACUUCACAUUCACUAUUCCAUCCUGUUAUUUUGGGAUGGGAGUUUUGGACCCAGAUACAUUUAGCAGCCCUUAAAAAUAAAGGCAGUAUAGCAACAGAGAGUUGACUGAAGGUACUGGUAAGAUACUGACUUCUUAUAGAUACCUCAUCAAACCCAGCGGUAAAAAUUCAAACUGUUCCUUUAAAGUCGCAGUAACUCUGGAUCAGAAGCAACUCCAGUGAAAUGGGUGAGACGUUCGACUAUCUGCUUAAUCUGCUGUACAACAAAUAUAAUCUGUUCCUCUAAGCCACUUCUAUAAAGACAAAAUGUUAUAGGAUUAUCCUACUACUAGACAGGAUAAUCUAGUAAUCUGUAUCCCUGUAGAGAUUCAUUCAUUCAUUCAUUCAUUCAUUCAUUCAUUCAUUCAUUGUGCCUCAAGCACCGUCCAGAAUGAUUCAGUCAUUCAUGAUUUAGUGUUUCAGACACUUCGCCUGCAGUUCACCUCACAGUUUAUGAACGUGAUUUAAAAUCUGUGAAUCCGGUUCAGAUGGUUUCUGCUGUUUUCGGCUCAGUUGCAACAAUCAGACCCAACAUGUAAAGUUUUUACUGUUUGUCUGUUUUUCUUCUUGUUCUGGUUUAAACUUUAAAUGUUUUGAUGUAUUUUCUUGUUCAUUAUUGUUCUUUAAAAUGUUUUGCACAACAAUAUCUUUGCCUUGCACUUCAGUUUUAGUUUAUAAAACAUCUUUAAAUGCAUGUUGUACUUAUUUCUUCCAUCUGAAAUUCAACGUGUGGCUUCCUUUCAAACUGACUGAUGAAGUAUGAAAGAGUUGACAUCAAAAAUUUAUUUUUUUAAUUAGAGAAAAUGUCUUCCAUGGCGGGAAACAAACUGCUAAAAGAAUAAUGCUACCAAAAUUAUAAAAUAAAAAUUCUCUUUUUCACCUACUGAAAAUAUUCAGUAAUAUUUCAUAUUCAGUAAAAACAGUGU